AUGUCGGGUGGUGUUGGUAUCAUAUUCAAAGCAACAUACAAAGGGCGUACAGUCGCAGUGAAGAAGAUCAGACAAUUCAAAAAUGUCAAAGACGAUGAGUUCAUAACAGAAGUCGACAUGUUACAAAAAAUACGAAAUCCGUAUAUAGUUGAAUUCAUUGGAGCUGUAGCACAAAAUGGAAAACACAUGAUUGUCAUGGAGUUUAUCAUUUAUAGGAGUCUGGAUCAGAUCAUCAAAAGAUAUAAAAUGAAACGUAGUCACACUGAUGUGCUUCAGUGUGAUGACAUUAUAUUGCCAUUAACAAUUCGUUAUAAAAUCUUAUUAGAUGCCACAAAGGGUGUCAACUAUUUACACUUCAAUGGUAUUUUUCACAGAGACAUCAAGCCCGGAAAUAUUCUUGUUGUUGAGUUGCAAAGUAUUACCGAAGUAAACGCUAAACUUUCAGACUUUGGAAGUGCAAGAAACGUGAAUUUGUUGAUGUCAAAUUUGACAUUCACAAAGGGCGUUGGCACACCUAAGUACAUGGCACCCGAGUUGUUGAAUGGACAGAAAUACUCAAUUGCUGCGGAUGUGUAUUCACUUGGUAUUACUUUCUUUGAGGCAUUUGCAUGGAAAGACGCUUUUGGAGACGUGAAAUAUUUCUUUGAAAUACCCGAGUUGGUCUCCAAUGGGAAGCGACCAGAUGACAAGUGUCUUAGUGAUGAUGAAAAAAGUUUACUUGAAGAAAUGUGGGCACAAAAACGGAAAGAAAGAAUAACAUGUGAAGAGGUUGUUGAUAUCAUACAGAAAAUGUUCGAUAAAACAAAAAAUGAAAUUUUUAAAAUUUAA